GCAUGGAAGUGUUAUUUUAUUACAUUAUUUUACAAGGGUUAACGACGUGUUUCACUUAUGAUGUAGAAUUAGAAGGAAUAAUGCGUAUAGGUGAUGCAUUCUUGAAGGAACUACAAGAUGAUUUAGCAGAAUAUAAAAAGUUACAAACGACAUUCCGCCCCGAUAAACCGAUACGACCAGGUAAAAAAUACAUAGGUGUAGGAAAAGUAAGUAAAAAGUCGCGCAAAACUGGUGAAAAUGAGAAAAGAAAUAAAACAUACAUAGGCAGUUUCAGUCGUAUAAAAGAAGAUGGAUUUUGGCGGCUAGAUAAACUCCAAGUUAUUGUGAAAAAUCAUUUAAAAAUAAAUAAGAACAUAUCAAAAGUGAUUCGUAAAGUAUCCGAGGAAUAUUCAGCUGCUUUAGAUAAAUAUUUCGAUUCUAUUAUCACCCACGUCAGUGAAACACAAUUGGAUAUUGAGUUUUUAAUCCUCGAUCUAGUAGAAACGUCGAAUAAGAUGUUAUACAGUAUGCAAAGAAAAAUAUUCAAUGACGUAGUCGAUGCAAAUAAAAGUAAAAUACCUAAAGUUUAUAUAACAAAAGCGACAGAGAAUAUUUUUAAGCAAAGUAUAAAUGAUAAAAAACGACAUAUGAAUUUAAUUUGCGAACUACAUCAAAUAUGCAGACCAUAUCCUGGAUUCUCUGAUUACUUCGCAGAUUUGAUUAGUGAAAUAUUAAAACUGUCCGAUAGUAGACUUAAUAUUUUCCUUAAAAUACUCAAAAAUUCUCUUGAACAUAACAUUGAUUUUAUUCAUCAAAUAAUUGAUGAACGAGCAUUGGAGAAAUGGACUUAUCAUAUGAGCUAUUUGAGUACAGAUAUGGCAAUUAUAAGGGAUAUCAUUUCAAUACUAAGAACAGUUAUAACUCAAAGGCAUAAAGUUGUUACUACGGGUGACGAUAAACUGAAAAACAGAACUGCAGCAAUGAAAAUACUACUUGAUAUAAUAGACAAAGCUUUUGAAGAUGAUGGCGAAGACAUGAUUGCAAUGAAUAUUGACAUAGUCGUAGAAGCACUGAGGCACUGGACAUCUCGAGCUCAAGAUAUCGAAACAAUUGUAACUAACUUCGUAAAGUAUUUUUUUAAUAUACUGAAGCAAAGCAUUAGCGUUGACACAAAGCAAGAAAUAAAGGUCCUCACUGAGGUGAUACUUAAAGGGAAAUCGAAAAACAGAUCCAUUUACAAAGAAUUGUUAUCGAAAGGAUCUAAAUUUGUUAGAGGAGAAGAUCUACAUAUUUAUAGUAAUUUAUUAUAAAAAUAUGUCACAUUUAUGCCAAAUUUAAUUAUAUUUUCU